GGGAAAAACUUCACUCGAAGAUCAACCCUUUCUGUUCAUCAGAGAAUCCACACAGGGGAGCGGCCCUAUAAAUGCCAUGAGUGUGGAAAAUGCUUCACUGUAAGAUCAGCACUUUCUGAUCAUCAGAGAAUUCACACAGGAGAGAGGCCCUAUGAAUGCAGUGAGUGUGGGAAGAACUUCACUCGCAGCUCAAACCUUAUUGCCCAUCAAAGAAUCCACACAGGGGAGCGGCCCUAUAAAUGCUGUGAGUGUGGGAAAACCUUCUAUUGCCACUCAAAGCUUAUUGCCCAUCAAAGAAUCCACACAGAGGAGUGGCCCUAUAAAUGCAGUGAGUGUGGGAAAUACUUCACUGAGAGCUCAGCCCUUUCUGCACAUCAGAGAAUCCACAUGGGGAAGACGCCCUUUGAAUGCCAUGAGUGUGGGAAAAUCUUCAGUCGCAGCUCGCACCUCAUUAGGCACCAGACAGUCCACACAGGGCAGAGGCCCUAUGAAUGCAGUGAGUGUGGGAAAACCUUCAGUCGCAGUUCACACCUUAUUAGACAUCAGACAGUCCACACAGGGGAGAGGCCCUAUGAAUGCAGUGAGUGUGGGAAAACUUUCAGUUUCAGCUCACAUCUUAUUAGGCAUCAGAGAUUCCACACAGGGGAGAGCCCCUUUGAAUGCAGUGAGUGUGGGAAAACCUUCAGUUGCAGCUGGAACCUUAUUAGGCAUCAGAAAAUCCACACAAGUGAGAGAACCUAUGAAAGCAGUGAGUGUGGGAAAACCUUAGGGCCCAAAGAAAUUUUGUCCAACUCCACUUCCUAGUUCAGUGUGUCUCAUUACUAUUCCAGAGGAUACCAGGGUUAGAUUGAGAACAAUCAUCCU